CUUUCAGGUUGGACAGCUGUAGCUACAUGGAGAUGGGUUGCUAAUGAUGAGAAUUGUGGGAUAUGUAGGAUGGCUUUUGAUGGCUGUUGUCCAGACUGCAAGCUACCUGGAGAUGACUGUCCCUUAGUUUGGGGAGAGUGUUCUCACUGUUUCCAUAUCCAUUGUAUUAUGAAAUGGUUGAACUCCCAGCAGGUUAAUCAACUGUGUCCAAUGUGUCGACAGGAAUGGAAGUUUAAAGAAUGACUAUACAAGACUUAUACAUGUGAUGAACUAUGUAUACAUUAUUAUAUACAAGAAAUGAUAUUUUUUGUACAGAAUGCACUCCAAGUCAGACUGACUGUACAGCAGUUACAUCAAACACAUUUUGAUGAAGUCAUUUUAAAAUCAUAUGUUUUACAUAUAAUUGUGAAGAGAACUGAAAAAUAGUAUUUAAAACUGUGAUAUUACCUUAUUGUGUUCAAAGCUAUUGUAUGCUAUGUAUUUUAAGAAUAAUAAAUUGUCAGAUAUGUGGCAUUACAAUUUUUCAUUUUUA